AUACAAUAAUAAUCACGACGAGAAAUCGAUGAGGGAUACUUAAAUCAAACAGGCUGCUGGAAAAGUAGUCCCAACUUAAAACUCGGAUUUUAAUAUAUAUUUAGAGACACAUAACUAAUUUGUCAAAGUUUACUCAUUGUUACAUUAAUUUAAAGGUAACAGGAACUCCUAUUCGUGUAUCCUGCAUAAAUUUAGGUGAAACCGGAAAAGAUACUUGCAGAUUCUAACAUCGUCAGGAAGAAGAUUCGUCUGCCAAAAAUCACAAUCUAUCAUGGCCGAUCAGCUUACAGAAGAACAAAUUGCAGAGUUUAAGGAAGCUUUCAGCUUGUUUGAUAAAGAUGGUGAUGGAACCAUUACCACAAAAGAACUUGGUACAGUUAUGAGGUCAUUGGGACAGAAUCCAACAGAAGCUGAACUCCAAGAUAUGAUCAAUGAAGUGGAUGCUGAUGGCAAUGGAACAAUAGACUUUCCAGAGUUUUUGACAAUGAUGGCCAGAAAAAUGAAGGACACAGACAGUGAAGAAGAAAUCAGGGAAGCAUUCCGUGUGUUUGACAAAGAUGGUAAUGGUUUCAUUAGUGCAGCAGAAUUGAGACAUGUAAUGACAAAUUUGGGUGAAAAAUUAACAGAUGAAGAAGUAGAUGAAAUGAUUCGUGAAGCAGAUAUAGAUGGUGAUGGACAAGUUAAUUAUGAAGAGUUCGUAACGAUGAUGACCUCAAAGUAACCGAUGGAAGGAUUUGUUACCAUUCUUCAUUUUUCAUAGCUUCCAUUCAUUAAUACCAGCAUUGUGCUACCCUGUGCACUUAAUUCUAGUCAUUUUUUCAAUUUUUUGUAUAAGGUUGUAGGUCAUGUUCUUGUAUUUAAAUUUGACUGAUUUGGAUAAAAGGAAAAUGAAUGCAAGGAAUAAAAUAUACAAAUGUCAA